AUAUGGUUUCAUGUUUGUUUGAUAGUUCUGUAGAGGCCUUAUGCUAAAGUUCUGUAUCAUUUCUUAUAUAACCAUUUUGUUGAAGUUCCAAACCAGUGGAACUUCCAAAUCGUGGUUAUGUUUAUUUGUCUUCUAAAAUUUUCUUUUAAUUCAUUCCUUUUAUCAAUUUUUGCAUUGAAGGUCAAUUUAGUCAUUCCCCAUCAUGUCUGUACAAGGUUAUUUGUUUUUUUCAUCUUAAAAAGAAAGAAAGAAAGAAAGCAAAAGAAUUCCUCUUCUCCAUGCUGAAUUGUGUUAUGUUACAAUUGUUAUGCCAGGUAGAGAAUUAUGGUGGAAUUUAAAAAUAGGUACAUGAUUGUGGAAGUUUUCUUGGAUCCUAAUAGAGAUCUUGCUGGGCAUGAUCCCAUCAUUAUUACCCAAUUUAAUGUCUCAAAAGGGAUCAAAGACAGCAUUCUUGUAAACUUUGGAGAUUUUGGUCUUGCUUCAUCACUUGGAUCCUUCCAAGUCAAGUAUGUGAAUCCCAUCACAAAGCUUUGCAUCAUUAGAGCUUCAAGGGAAGAGUACCAAAAGAUUUGGUCUGCCAUCACCAUGGUUAGGAGUAUUGGAAAUUGCCCUGUGCUAUUUAACUUAUUGGACCUAAGUGGGAGUAUAAAGGCUUGUAGAAAUGUAGCCUUGAAGUAUGAUGGGCUAAAAUUUGAGCAGUACAAACUUGUAGUUGGGGCUUGUCUCGCCAUCGAUGCUAUUCAGCACAUGCAAAACUGUCUAGACAAGAUCAAAGUUUUGGAGCACUGAAAGUAUUGCUGAGAUCAAAGGGGGUUGGGGGUGGCUUAAUCAAUGGAUCCCAGACUCUCAGCCCACCGCCAAUACAUCGAUCCCAUUUAAAUCCUUCCUCCACAGUACUCCACCCUCACAUCACAUACCGUUGGCAAAUACAAAAAGAAAAGCAAUACGUGCACAUGAGCCAUGUGUGUUGUGUAUAAAAGCCACUUGACUUUGCUUUUCUCUUGGUCAUUCUUCCAAUUUACUCAGUGUUAAAACGGAGACUAGUUCUGAACAUGAUGCUAAGGUUUAG